AUGAUUAGGAAACUCAAGGAAAAGGUUGAGAAGCAGGAACUGAUGGGCAUUCAACAUGAAAUGACUGUUGAGGAUAAGAAAGAAGACAGAGGACCAGCUUUGGAGCAUUAUGAACCAUAUCCACUCUAUAAGGGCAUGUUACUUAACAUAUCAAAGCAGAAGGCCAAAAAUCAAGCCAAGAAGGAUCUAGAGGACAUGGAAACAACUGUUGUUCCAACCAAGCUUGACGAUCCAGGCCCAUUCAACCUGGCAUGUUCACUGAACUAUAUGCACUUCAACAAGUGUUUAUGUGACCUUGGAGCUUCUGUGAGUGUUAUGCCCUUUUCAAUUGCACAAAAGCUAGGAUAUGAGGAGUUCAAGCCAAGCAACCUCUACAUUAGUCUUGGUGAUGGCUCUAGAAGGGAUAUGAUGGGUAAACUGGAAAGCUUUCCAGUGAAAAUAGGUGAAGCAAGGAUACCAACUGACUUCAUCAUCAUUGAUAUGGAACAGGAGCCUGAUGAUCCUAUUAUCCUUGGAAGACCAUUCUUAGCAAAAGCUGGAGCAGUGAUAGAUGUUAGAAAAGGCAUAAUCAGCCUGGAUAUUGCUGAUGGGUUGACUAUGAGGUUUGACAUCAAGAAUACAACAAAUUAA